CUUAAAGACUCAAAUGUGCUAACUUUUUUGGCUUUCUUUUCUUUUUCAUUUUUCCCUUAAUUAUUCACAUUGCUAUAUGAAUCUUUUCUUAUUCUGCUUCUUGUUGUUUGUUGGCUGUGUACCAUGUACUGUUUUCUUUGAAGUUCUCAACUUUGGUAGAUUAUGUAGGUUAAGUAGUUAUUAUGCUUAGAGGAUGUUAGACAACCUUCGAAGUUACUUUCUUAAAAAAAAUUAAGGAUAGGCACAUCCUUAUCAAAAGUUUCUUUUAAUGAGUGCAAACAUGAAUCUUCCAAACGACCUGGUAGUUGAGAUUUAUGUGUGUUUUUUUCGAUUUAAUUCCAUCUAACCUUGCUUCUUGGAGUGUGUUAGAAGCAUGGGGAGAGGACUUUACUUGCUUUCUUAGUGUCACUUUGGUUUUGCCCUAUCUUUCAAGCUCGUAAGCUACCACAAUUAAAAAUAAAUAAAUGAAGGAAGAAGUUAUUAGCAUUAGAAAGACGACAAAGGUAUUCCAGACCCAAAAUGAAAAUGUUGUAAGAAAAGAAAAUUAAGCUUUGAAAUGUAUAAAUAGUGAAGUGGGUGCAAUGUACUUACCAGAGAAAAUAUAGUACUAACCUUAGCAUUUACUUUAAUAACGAAGGGGCAAACUGAAGAUUUACUUAGGUAUAAUGUAAAUGAAAAUCCUCUCACUUAAAACAAGCUAAACUACCUGCGAGAAAGCUUUAUGCUUCAAACAUGUCAUUCUUUGAAAAGGUUCUUGAAGUUAUAUUUAAUUUGAGAUGAAAAUAUUAUUUCAUGUCCAUGAGACUGAUAUAACUGGGUCGCUUGUUAAAACGAUCAUUAGUACGCAAAUGUAUCACAUGUUUCAUCAUGACAGGAGUUUUUUCAUUCAAAUUCAUUUGAUCAAUUGAAUUGCUUGUGUCUCACUUCCCUUUUUUAUGUGAGUUUCAGGAGCGUUUGAUAAUCCUUACCUAGUUUUUCUCAACUUCUGUAUCUAUUACCUUCGUUGUUGCUUAGUACAUAGAUGUACUCUCUCUUUUGAUUUUCUUAUUCUCAUGUCCAGUAGAACUGGACACCCUUUUCUUCAUAGAUAUUAUGUCUAUCUUUGUUAUUUGAUUGUCACAAGAAGAGGACAGCAAGCUGUUUGCUAUGAUUAAAGUUUACCCUUGAAGACGGUACUUAUAAUAAUUGUUGAACCACGUCAUCCAAAAAACUAAGCUAUUAGAGAUGGAACAAAUUUAUUUAUUUAUAUUUUUUCUUCAACAUGCUCACUCAUGUGCAAACGGAUUCAUUAAUUUUCAUAAAAAACUUGACUUGGGUACAACUUUCAUAAAUGGGUGGUGGAGAGACUUGAAUUCAGAACAUUUGCUUUACCAUGUUGAAUCAACUCAUCUACAAGCUUAAGUUAUUGGAGACGGGACAAAUUUGUUCGUUUGAGUGUCUGUCUUCAAGAAUAUUAUAUUAUCCAUCUUAUGAGUUAUUGCUGAUUCUUAGAGGGUUGGAGGAAGUGGAACUAUGGCAGGAGUUAUACAGAAGUUCCUCAUUGCGUCCAUGUUUAUGUGCACAGUUCCUAUUGCAAUUUUGUAUGGGUUUAACCAUAAAUUGUUUCCUGGUACUGUUCAGUUGUCUCCCCAUUCUGUGACAUUGUUGAGUGGAUUCCUUGCAGUCAUUUCAGUCAAUGUCGUCAUAGCAUUCUACAUUUACAUGGCAAUGAAAGAGCCCUCGAGUAAACACGAGCGGGAUCUUAAAUUCGUUGCCGAUGCCAAGGCUAGCAUAAAGCACUCUGGACUGAAUGAAGCCGACUCGCCAUCCAACCGUGGGAAACAAGAAUAGGUGAUGUCAACUAAGACUAGAAAGUUGAAAUUUUGUUGAGAAAAUUGCCAAUGAGGACCAAGCUGGAGAAAGAAUUAAAAAAAUCCUCUACUAGUGACCUUAGUAUAAGAGAAACCAAAAGAUGAGCUUUGAGAUUAUCCAUAUUGUGCUUCCUGACCUUGCCUUUCGUUCUUAAGUUGUUCUUGAAUCGUGAUUAUGCCCUUGUUUGAUACCCAUUUUUCCCAAACUACAUUUCUCUCUC